UGUCCCAUCUCGGCUACCCUAGUUGUGUCGGCUAAGCUAAUGGCUAGUAGCUAGCUAGCUUUUAAGUUACCUUCUAAAAGUUAAUCAGGGGAGGCAAAUAAAGAGUCAAACAGGCAAGUUGUUCAACGACCAUGCAAAGUUGGAGAAUAUGGUUGUGAAUCUCUGUCUGCCACACUUUUAUGCAACAGUUCAUUGCAACAAGCUGUGCGCAGAUGGCUAUGAUGUCACAAACCUUGUGUCAGCCGACCCUGCUCUCCGGAGGCGGGGCUUCAAGCUGGAGUACUUCCUACGUCCACCUGUACAGGUGACGUUGAAGUUUGGCUUCCAGGUGGAGCUGUGCAGGGUGGAUGUGGAGCUGUGGCCCUGGGGUAUGGACCGUGGACAGGCCUGCAAGAGACUGGAGAUUAGCACCAGCUCUGAUCCGCUACCCUCCCAAAAUGUUGGCCAAAGCCACAAAAGGGUUCAGCAAAAGAAAGAAAUGCAGGUAAAGGACCAGAAACAUAGCAGAGAAAAACAUCAAGAGCAUGACGGUAAAUCUCGCCAGAGUAAUGGCCCCCAGUGGAGACUUCACGCCCAACAGUGGGGUGAAGAAGCUCUAGAUGAGCCUCAACAAAGAGGCCAUGCGUUCAAGUGUCAAUCAAACACCGAAUCCAGUAAUACUGUUACAGAGUUUAAACUCGUAGGUCGCUGCGAACUAAGGGAGGAAACCCAAGUCUGUUUCACACGGUCAAAUAUAAGUCCCCGGCCCCCGUUCCUUUCCACACCACCUCCACCAGCUGCAAAUUGUCGGCAAGAGGAGCUGUGGAGUCGGGGUCCGCUCUCAUUAGGCGCUGUGACACAGCUUCGUGUGACUGUGCCAUUUGGCGGUGCAGCAUCUGCUCUGGGGCUCAAAGCCUUGGCCGUGUGGGGACAACCUGCUCGCUGUUGCCCUGCAGAAGAAGUGGAGAGGAUUAAAAGAGUCCAUGAGGCCAGUGAUAGACGGCUGCCAAGACCGGUGUUUUUUGCCCCUUCUGUCAGCCAAUCAAAAUCACCACUGCAAGCAGCUACACCUCCAAGCAAACUUUCCAUCCCAGAAGAGUUCCUUGACCCGAUAACUCAGGAGGUAAUGAUGCUGCCCAUGCUGCUGCCCAGUGGUGUGUCAGUGGACAACACCACAAUGGAGGAGCACCAGAAGAGAGAAGCCACUUGGGGUCGAACCCCGAACGACCCCUUCACUGGCGUUCCAUUUACUUCAACCUCCCAACCUCUUCCUAACCCCCAAUUGAAAAGCCGCAUUGACCUCUUCCUCCUGCAGCAAGGGAUGAUGAGCAGGGACGGGAUGUUGGGGAGACAAGGGGAUGGAGAGAAUCCACAGGCCUCAAGACUUAUUGCCUCUGAGGUACAUGGACAGUCCCAGUACUCUCCAUGUCUCAGUGAAAGCACAAAAAACAACACUGCUAUUCAAUAUAAUGCUGGCACCAGAAACGCAAACAGGACCACACAAAUAGAAGUCACUGGAUUAGGACAUUCAUCAGAUAAUGGGAAUCACACAUAUAACUCCCAGCCAGUAACUACAGAGAGUAAAUCAGAAAGAGGAAAGAAACGAGAUCUUAGUGACGUUUCCAAAGAUUCAACAGAAGGGUUGACAGCUGAGAGGCAUCUACUACCUCACUCAAAAAGACCCAGACAUUAUGCAGUUUCAGUCCCCAGCUGCAGCUCUCAUGAGCAGCGUUUGUCAGCCAGUCUGGAUGAGGCCCUGUUCUCCGCCCUGCAGGGCCGACCCUCCUUCACCUCAAACUUGUCUCAGCAGAGCCGGGUUAUUCCUGACUCUGAACCACUGAACACCUCACAGCACAGUCUGACUGCAGGCACUCCAAACAUGCCAACAGGUGAGAAGACAUGCUCUGCAUGUUCCUGUUCGGUCUCCGCUUACUCCAAAUCUGCACCAUCCAUCUACCGUCUAACCUGCGGUCACCUGCUCUGCCAUGCCUGCCUGCGGAGGGAAUCACAACCACUAGACACUGUCACUAUAACAACAUCCAAUCACAUCGUGUGUCCCGCCUGCCAAAGCACGACCCCUCGCAGUGACGUCAUACGCGUACAUCACUGACAGAUGCUGUAAAAAGGCAAACCUACACCUUUCAAAGCCUGUGAUAAAAUGAGGAUUAUUCUGAAGGUGAAGAGGGAUUGUACUUCAGAUUUGUCGUUUUAGCGUUCCAACUAUGUUUAAAUCAAAGUGGAGAAAAAAACAUUUACAGCUGAAAGUUACAGAUCCUGGAUAGAUUUAAUUGUAGAUUGUUUACUUGGGUUGACUUGACGCUACGUCCAUCCCCCUCUUUAAUAUACAGUAUAUCUUCACAAAUGUGUGAUACUGCUGUUGAGUUAUAUGAUAACACUCUAAAUAAUUACCAAAUUUCCACGAAACUAUUCAUCCCUCAAGUUAUUUCUUAUUCACGCGCGUCAAGUACUAGUCUAAUAGUGAAUUAUAUAUUUUUUUUGAAUUUUCUUGGACCCAUGACGUCAAAAAAAUCCACUCUAUUUUGAUGUCUACAGCUGUAGAAAGAACAAGCCUUUAAAAACCUUUAAACAAAUCUUGCAAUAUUGUAAAAGAAUAUGAAAAAAAAUCCACCUCUCUUCCCUGUCUUAGUUUUUUUUCAGCAAGCAUUGAAUUGUAGUUGCAGCCUUGGUUUGCAGCCUUUGUGCAGAGCCUGAAUGUGUAGAUGUGUUGAGGAUGCACAAAGAAAAUGUUGAGGGACAGAAGUACAGGGAGUAAGAGGGCAGACGAAUAAAUGUGGAUUUUGACCCAAGGCUGUCACUGUGGCAUUGGUCAUUGUGAAGAAAAACACACAGGGCACACACGACCUUCCCCUCUUUCCUUCUUCACUCCAUGCACCACUUUACAUUCCCUACACUCUUGUAUAGUCUAAAGAGAGUAAAUGCAGGCAAAA